GUAAUGCGCGGCCCGAGACUUAGUGCAAUAGUUAUCAGCACCCAUAUUCAGAAAAAGCGCCAUGGCCUAUAAUAUAUAGAGAAUCUGUGGAAAAAAGUACUUAACACACGCAGUGCGUCGUUUGCGAGGCUAACGUAGGAGCCGACUUCCGGAACACAAUUCCCUCAUUGAUCUGCCUGUCUGAAAACGCAGAACCUGAAAACUGCGUCUGUUGUGCGAAGUGACACGUGUGUGAAUCUCAUAAGCGGAGCGAUUUGGCAAGGGCUACUGAACGAAGAGGAUAACGAAUCAAGAUGGAAGACGGUCACUCGAAAACCGUCGAACAGGCUCUCACCUUUUUCGGAACGGACGCAGAGCGCGGCCUAACCCUCGAUCAGAUCAAGUCGAACCAGAAGAAAUAUGGACCCAACGAGUUGCCGACCGAGGAAGGAAAGAGCAUCUGGCAGCUGGUCUUGGAACAGUUUGACGAUCUGCUGGUGAAGAUUCUGCUGUUAGCAGCCAUCAUCUCAUUUGUUCUCGCCCUUUUUGAAGAACACGAGGAAACGUUCACUGCAUUUGUAGAGCCCCUAGUUAUUUUACUUAUUCUGAUAGCCAACGCUGUGGUCGGAGUAUGGCAGGAGCGUAACGCCGAGUCGGCCAUCGAGGCCCUCAAGGAGUACGAGCCCGAGAUGGGCAAGGUGGUGCGCCAGGACAAGUCUGGCAUCCAGAAGGUGCGCGCGAAAGAGAUCGUUCCCGGAGACCUCGUAGAGGUUUCCGUCGGCGACAAGAUCCCAGCUGAUAUCCGCAUCACCCACAUCUACUCGACUACCCUCAGGAUUGAUCAGUCCAUCCUUACCGGAGAGUCGGUGUCCGUCAUUAAGCACACGGAUGCGAUCCCCGAUCCCCGCGCCGUCAACCAGGACAAGAAGAACAUUCUGUUCUCCGGCACCAACGUGGCCGCCGGCAAGGCCCGCGGCGUCGUUAUCGGAACCGGCCUGAGCACCGCUAUUGGCAAGAUCCGUACCGAAAUGUCCGAGACCGAGGAGAUCAAGACGCCUCUUCAGCAAAAACUCGAUGAGUUCGGUGAGCAGCUUUCCAAGGUCAUCUCCGUCAUUUGCGUGGCCGUGUGGGCCAUCAAUAUUGGCCACUUCAACGACCCCGCCCACGGAGGUUCCUGGAUUAAGGGCGCCAUCUACUACUUCAAGAUCGCCGUCGCUCUGGCCGUGGCAGCCAUUCCCGAGGGUCUGCCUGCCGUCAUCACCACCUGUUUGGCCCUGGGCACUCGCCGUAUGGCCAAGAAGAACGCCAUCGUACGCUCGCUGCCCUCUGUGGAGACCCUGGGCUGCACCUCCGUCAUCUGCUCCGAUAAGACCGGCACACUCACCACCAACCAGAUGUCCGUCUCGCGCAUGUUCAUCUUCGACAAGGUUGAGGGUAACGACAGCAGCUUCCUGGAGUUUGAGCUGACCGGCUCUACCUAUGAACCCAUCGGCGAGGUCUUCUUGGGCGGCCAGCGCGUCAAGGCCUCCGAUCACGAUGCCCUGCAGGAGCUUUCCACCAUCUGCAUCAUGUGCAAUGACUCUGCCAUCGACUACAAUGAGUUCAAGCAAGCCUUCGAGAAGGUCGGCGAGGCUACCGAGACCGCUCUGAUUGUGCUGGCCGAGAAGCUGAACAGUUUCAGCGUGAACAAGUCUGGCCUGGACCGCCGCUCAGCCGCCAUCGCCUGCCGUGGGGAGAUCGAGACCAAGUGGAAGAAGGAGUUCACCCUGGAAUUCUCCCGCGACCGCAAGUCCAUGUCCUCGUACUGCACCCCCCUUAAGGCCUCCCGCUUGGGCACCGGCCCCAAGCUUUUCGUUAAGGGCGCCCCCGAGGGAGUCCUGGAGCGCUGCACACACGCCCGUGUUGGCACCACCAAGGUGCCUCUGACCUCGGCCCUGAAGGCCAAGAUCCUCGCGCUAACCGGCCAGUAUGGCACUGGACGCGACACUCUCCGCUGCCUGGCUUUGGCCGUCGCCGACAGUCCCAUGAAGCCCGAUGAAAUGGAUCUCGGCGACUCUACCAAGUUCUACCAGUACGAGGUCAACCUAACUUUCGUCGGAGUUGUGGGCAUGCUGGAUCCCCCCCGUAAGGAGGUGUUCGAUUCCAUUGUGCGCUGCCGCGCCGCCGGUAUCCGCGUUAUUGUGAUCACCGGUGACAACAAGGCCACUGCCGAAGCUAUCUGCCGCAGGAUCGGUGUGUUCGGCGAAGACGAAGACACAACCGGCAAGUCCUACUCCGGUCGUGAGUUUGAUGACCUCUCCCCCACCGAACAAAAGGCCGCCGUUGCCCGAUCCCGAUUGUUCUCCCGCGUGGAGCCCCAGCACAAGUCCAAGAUCGUUGAGUUCCUGCAGAGCAUGAACGAAAUCUCCGCCAUGACUGGUGACGGUGUGAACGACGCCCCCGCCCUGAAGAAGGCCGAAAUCGGUAUUGCCAUGGGCUCUGGUACCGCUGUCGCCAAGUCUGCCGCCGAGAUGGUUUUGGCUGACGACAACUUCUCCUCCAUCGUGUCCGCCGUUGAAGAAGGUCGCGCUAUUUACAACAACAUGAAGCAGUUUAUUCGUUACCUCAUCUCCUCGAACAUCGGUGAGGUCGUCUCCAUCUUCCUUACUGCUGCCCUCGGUCUGCCCGAGGCUCUGAUUCCCGUCCAGCUGCUCUGGGUCAACUUGGUUACUGAUGGUCUCCCAGCCACCGCUCUGGGCUUCAACCCUCCUGAUCUAGACAUCAUGGAGAAGCCCCCUAGGAAGGCCGAUGAGGGUCUCAUCUCUGGAUGGUUGUUCUUCCGUUACAUGGCUAUCGGCUUCUACGUCGGCGCUGCUACAGUUGGUGCCGCCGCCUGGUGGUUUGUGUUCUCCGACGAGGGCCCCAAACUGUCCUACUGGCAGCUCACCCAUCAUCUGGCCUGCUUGGGUGGAGGUGACGAGUUCAAGGGCGUGGACUGCAAGAUCUUCAGCGACCCUCACGCGAUGACCAUGGCCUUGUCCGUGCUGGUGACAAUCGAAAUGUUGAACGCAAUGAACAGCUUGUCUGAAAACCAGUCGCUGAUUACCAUGCCUCCAUGGUGCAACCUGUGGCUGAUUGGAUCAAUGGCACUCUCCUUCACUCUUCACUUUGUUAUUCUUUACGUCGAUGUCCUCUCCACCGUCUUCCAAGUGACACCGUUGUCUGCAGAGGAAUGGAUAACUGUGAUGAAAUUCUCAAUUCCUGUAGUUUUAUUAGAUGAGACAUUGAAGUUUGUUGCUAGAAAAAUCGCAGAUGGUGAGAGUCCUAUAUAUAAGAUGCAUGGGAUUGUGUUAAUGUGGGCUGUCUUCUUUGGCCUGCUGUACGCUAUGAUGCUUUAAGAAUAUAAUUAUAAUCCAUAAGCCCAACUUCAUUAUUCUAAUUUCUAGUAUAAAAAUGUUACUAAAUAUAAACAGAACAAGAAACCCACAAUUAUAUACAUCUAACGUAACGACUUUAA